GUUGCACUUUGAUCCUGGUGCCUUCGAGCAGGAAGUCAAGGAAAUUUUCUCGGCAGUCUGCUUUCUGCUUGGUAGAAAAUCUUUUCAAAAGAAGGGAGAGAUGACAGCGGAACUGAGCCGACACUGACAGGUUGUGGCUGUGGCUCUGAAUAUUUUUCUUGCCAGUCUGAAGUUAUAACUCUUCCCAACAAAGACUGAAAAUGCUUGGAAACACUGGACCGUUCUCAUAUUCCCCGAGGGGUUUCUCACCGGAGGACUUCCCUCAGCAGAGGCGAGCUUUCCAACACGAUGACCAUCGGGGAUCACCACUGCAGAGAAACAACAUGUCCAGACCCAGUGGGAGAUCCAUAUACAUGCAGAGAAAGGAGUACUCUGAAACGCUGAACAGACAUCCUGACAACUUUCACGUCAGAUUGGAGCACCUGUUCACCUGUGAGCUGGACGGCCAGGAGGUGAAGACAAUGGACGACUGCUUGGCUAAACUCAAGAGGCUGGAUGCCAAAGGUCGCCUGUGGCCUCAGGAGAUGAUCAUGGAGGUUCAGGGAGGGUAUCUGCUGCUCAGUGACAUUGAGACCAAGUCAGAGCUGGAGUCGCUGCCUUUGAGCUCCAUCCUGAAGACCAAAGCUGUGCUGGAUAGCUGCGCCUACAACUCUCUGCUGACAGUGACUGUGCAGGAACGCAACAAACGCAGCCCCCAGGUCUUCAUGUUCCAGUGUGAGGAGACUGGGGCGAGGCUCGUCAAGAGUGAUCUGGAUAAGGCGAUCCAAAGAGGAGGUGAUGUUGUGGAACCACACAGAGACCAGUCUGACAUCAGGAAUAAUCUUGAGAAUAUCAUGGGGCAACAUGUUCCAGGAAGUUUCCGGCACGCUGGGCCUCGUCCUGUGCCGCAGGAGAGGGCCCCACCACAACCAGACCACCCGCCCCCACAGUGGAGGAACAGAGAACCAGAAAAUAUGCCACCUCAGCUGGUCUACCCGCCACAAGAACCAAUGAUGUACCACCCUGAUCAUCAUGAGUUACGGAGUGGCCCAGAGGUCCCCGAGCAAACGGACUCAGAGAGGAACACAGAUAUCUUAAACCACGUUAUAUCUGAUCUGGAGAUCUUCAUGGGCAAAGUGUCUGCUGCUGCAAAUGCAUCUUCUUCACCAAAAGACAGUAAGAGCAAGAGCAAGAAGAAAAGCGGCUUGAAGAAGAAAAAAUCAAAGAAAAAUGCACCAGCUGUGAAUCUGCCACCAUGGGAGGAGUAUGUCUCCUGUCUUCAGAAAAUCAAAUAUGGAUUCAAUCUGCUGGGCCAGCUGGACGGGACACUGACCAGCCCCACUGCUGCUGACUUUGUGCACAUCUUCUUCCUUAAUUUAGGCAUGUUAUUGCCUCAGUAUCCACCAGACCUGGCUCCCUCUGUGCUCUCACCCCUGCUGACAGAGGCGGCCCUGCGGCUGCUCAGUCAGGUUGUCGACCCAGAAGAAGACCACCUGUGGAGGUCUCUGGGAGACUGCUGGAACAUCCCCAGGUCCAGAUGGCCUGACGAUAAUGUCCCACUUUACAUCCCAGAGUUCUACGAUGGCUGGCAGCCGCCGCCCCCUCCCUCACGCAUGUCUUCCCCACCCCCUUAUCAGAACGAUCCAUUGAGCAGGAGCAACAGCCAGCGGCUCCCACCAGGCCCUCGUGAGCCGCCCCUGUACAUGCGGGUCAUUUAUGACUUCAUGGCCAGGAACAACCGAGAGCUGAGCAUUAUGAAGGGUGAGGUUGUUCAGGUGGUUAACAAAUCCAAGCAAUGGUGGCUCGUUCGUAACACCCGCGACGAGGAAGGCAACGUUCCUCAGAACGUUCUGGAGCCGAUAAGGAGCAGCGAUCCCAUGGAGAAUGUACCGCGAGACUUUCGCGGUCCAGUGAGUCUGGACAUGACCUCCACACCUGCAGAGGUCAGAGCCUGGCUGGAGUUCAAAGGUUUCUCCAAAAUCACGGUGACCAGCCUCGGGGUGCUCAAUGGUAAACUGCUUCUGGGGAUGACCAAGGAUGAGAUAAGGACUGUGUGUCCAGAGGAAGGAGGCAAGGUCUUCUUCCAGCUGCAGGGCAUCAAGUCAGCCAUCGCACUCGCCAGUGAACCAUCAGGCAUGUACAACGGCCGCUACUAACGACCUGCUUCACUUCAGUGUUUCUCCUGAAUUUCAUUCACAAAUCGACAUCUGGAAUUAUUUUUGUCUAAUUAAUAUUUUUGUCAUAAAGUCCUUGCUUUCCGCAUUUCUGUUAUUUAAGGGAAAACACUAUUAAAUGAAGCUUCUGUAUUUUGUAUAAUUUAUCACCAGCAGUAAUAAUUGUGACUCAAAUUAAUUUUUACAGCAAUUUCUUUUACCCUUAUGUACUUCUAGUUAUUUCAAGUCAAUUGUCAAUUUUCCAGACUGUGAUUAACUCAAAAUGGAUGUAUGUAGACAUUUGUUUAAUCCGACACCAUUUUCCUUU